AUGAUAUUAAACACUAUUAAGUCUAUACAGAAAUUUUCAAGUACAUCCAGAAAAUACAAGGACCUGGAAGUUGUUGCAUCGCACUGCAUUGACAAGCUAAAGUUUUUCAUUGGGUAUUCUCAACUUCAAAAUGAAAAAGAACUUCAAGAUUUAAUUAUAGAGUUUGACAAUAGCUUGGAUUUGAAAGAUUAUCUAUCUGGCACAAUAAAUAAUGAUAUCAAAAACCUUAUAUACUAUGUAGAUAAAAAGAAAAUUAAAGAUUUAUCAUUUAGUGAAUAUGGAAAACAUAUAGAUCUGUUAUAUCCAUAUAUAUUAGGCCCUAUUUUUAAAGCAUGCAAGCAAUAUAAAAAUCCAAAACUUACAAUAAUAUCCUUGGAAGGAAUCAACAAGCUCCUUUCUUUUGAGCCUCUCGCAAGCACUUUAAUUGAAGAAGCAAAACUUUAUGGUUGUGAGGAUAUUACAGAAAAUACAGAACCAGUCAAUGGAUUAGAGUUCUUAUUCACAUUAUUAUUUGACAUAUAUGACUCAAAAAUUGAUGAUGAGUCAAUCAUAACUCAGAUUAUAAAAACAAGUAUAUUUUUAAUUGGAAAAAACAUUGAAUGUUUUAGUUGUCAAAUAUUCUACUCGAUAUUUCUGGCUUUAUUUAAUAUAUAUAGUAAUACAAUAGAUAAUGGAAUCAGAACAUCAUCCUACUCUAUACUAAUACAUUUUGUAAGCUUGUUUUUUGAUGAAUCAUUUGAGAAUAGGGAUAAGUAUUUUGAAAAGUAUUUUUUAUUACUAUUAGAAAUACUUUACACCUUAAGUAUGACAAAUAGCAUGAUUCAUAUUAAAAAACAUGAAACACAAAAAGGACAGUUAAACAAAAUCAAAUUAACUUCUCCUUUGAACCUCGAGCUUUAUUCCAAGGAUUUUGUUGAAAUUGAAAAUAAUUUCUUCAAGUUCUCACAAGUGAAGGAAUUAGAUCCCAGGAUUUUAAAAAUUCGAAAUCUUAGCCUAGAAUUACUAAACAGUGUCUUUUCAAAUAUUAAAUUGAAAAAUUAUCAAAACAAAAGUAUUAAAGACACUAUGGACAAAUUACACAAACUACAUUUUCUUUCCAUAAUGAAGAAUAUUGUUUUAAAUGAUUUUCAAACCAGGAAAAAUUCCAUCAUUUUAUGGAGUAGUGGUCUUCAUGUUCAUGAUAUUAGUCAAAAAAUUCGUCUACAUGGUAUUUUAAUUUCAAAGUGUAUUAGAGGUUUAUUUGAAAAUGGAGUAUUAGAGAUUUCUGAAAAAAAUGCAAUAAUAGAAUCUAUAUUUAGCAUUUUUACCGAAAAUGUCUCUUUUCUAACAUUUCUAUUUAUUGAAUUUGACCUUAAUAUAAAUAAUGAAAACUUGGUUUUAGAUACUAUCAAUUUCUUAAUUAAUCAAUUUAUAGAAAUGGGAUCUGCAAAAACCCAAAAUAAGAACAUAAAUAUUGACAUAACUACCCUUAUGGCUAAAUUGCUCAUUAAUGUUAUGAAAGAAUUGAAGAGAAUUAAAAAUGUAGAUAAUUACAGUGGCAUUGAAUUCAACUUGAAUACUGUUCUUAUAAGGAAAUAUCUAAUAUAUGAGUAUAUUAAAGAUUUUAAUGAAGGUAAUUAUGAAAAAGGUAUUAAUUUACUUUCUGAAAUUGGAGUCAUUGAUAAGGAAAAUUGUCUUUCUAUUGCCAGAUUCCUUGCUCAAAAUAAAGCAAUAAACAAAAAAGCUAUAGGAGAUUACAUUUCUCUUCCUAAUCCAAGAAACAGAGAAAUAUUAAACUAUUACUGUAACCAAUUUUCAUUCAAAAACAAAAGUUUGGAUUUCUCUCUAUAUUUAUUUCUUUCCAAUUUUCAUCUACCUGGAGAAGCUCAAAAGAUAGACAGAAUAAUAGAAGAAUUUUCUCUUAGAUAUUUUUUGGAUAAUCCCGAUUUAUUUCAUAAUAAAGACAAGAUUUACAUCAUUGCUUUCUCAUUAAUUAUGCUGCAUACUGAUGCUCAUAGCAGAGAGAUUAAAGAUUAUUAUAGAAUGUCGAAAAGUGACUUUAUCAAGAAUCAUAAUGAUUUAAUACUAUCAUCUCCGAAGCUUGUUGAUUUUCUUGAAACAUUUUAUGACAACAUUACUUUAAAUGAGUGGAUUUUCUUUAACUCAAAAGAAAGCUGCAAAGCUUGCUUUCCUUAUAUUGAGUACCUAGUUAACUUCAUUAAGAAUCUAGAAUUCAGCAAUACUACUCUGAGUAAUGACCACCAUAGCCCCAAAUCUAAUACUAAUUCUAAUUCUAGUUCUUGCUAUAGUUCCAACUUGAAAAUUAAGAUAAUUAGUCACGAAAUAAUUCACAAGAUUGUUAAUUUAAUCAACUCAAAAACAGACUCAGGAACCAUAAAUCACGAACAAGAUCUUCUCAAAUUCAUUUAUUUAACAAUUAAAAAGAAAUUUGACAUAAUUUACUUUAAUGGCAUUUACACAGAAGAUUUAGUUUAUUGGAAAUUUAUUGCAAAUACUCCUAUUCAGUCUAUCACUAGCUUAAAUGAAUGUUUAAAAGGCAGAAAACUACCAAUUAACAACGAUACACAACAAGAAAGUACUUAUUUCCAGUAUGAUGGGUUAAAUUUCAAAAGAAAUUCCAAAGUAAUCAAUAGCAACAAUAUUCUUCAAACCUCCAAUGUAAUAGGAACCAAUCCAAAUUUAUCAAAGUGGAUGACUAAUAAUAAGACAAGUGAUACAAAAGUAAGAGAUAUUAAUAGUGUUUUUCAGACUAGUAUUACUGAUUUAAUUAAAGAGAUCAUUCCAAAUUGGAGUAGCAGACAGUACAAUGAAGUUAGUAAAUCUAUUGAUGAAAAAGGUCUAAUCAUGGAAGAGAGCCACAUUAUAUUAUUAGGGAAAAUGAUAUGUUGUUAUUUUACUAAUAUGUUAUCUAAUGUUGAUUUUUGGAUGUGUUUUGGGAAAGAUACUAUGGUCAAUUGGAUACCUAUUCUAAAAUAUACAACAGAAUUGGGAAUUAUACUCGGUCUUGAAUCAUCUUUUACUAUUACUUUAACAGUUUUAUCCUAUCUAACCAAUACAUUAACAUUACCUCUCAAUUUUAAUGAAUUAUUCUUUUCUAAUUCAAAUAUUACACAAGAAACUCCGACUAUUUUAAACGAUCAUGAUUUUGAGAAUGAAAGAUAUUCAAAAGUAUUGAAGUUUCCAGAAUUGGAGAAAUGCAGUUUGAUUAAUCAAUGCUCUGAUUUAAUUAUUAGAAGCUUUCAGUCUGGCUUAGACUACCUCAAUACCUUAGAUACUAGGCAGGAGCAUAAGACAAAGGAUGAAAACGAAAAAUCUAUAUCUCAUUCUCAGAUUAACAGUCCAAAUCAAGGAUCUGAGCUACUUUUAAAUUGUCUUAUAUCUAAUGAACCUUUCUCUACACAUUCUAGCCUUAAUUACUUAAACAUUGAAGCAAUCAAAACUAUUUUUGAAAUUACUCAAGAUUUUGGGAAUAAAUUACCUUAUGUAUUAUGGGUAAUAAUAAUUGGAAUAAUAUCUCAGGUUGAUAGGUACUUUUACGUUAAAACCAUAUUAAAAGGCAAUAAUACAGAGAUUCCUGAUUAUUUUGAUCAUAAUAAAUUUAUAAUCAGUAAAAGUAAGACCUUUGGGAAUAAUUUGUCAAAAUUUCUAACUUUAAGUAAAAUAUGUAUCAAUACAACCAAAUCUCAUACUAUAAGUAAUCGUCACUUUAAUCAAUUUUUUAACAGAAAGUUGAUUAAAUCAACAAAAAACAUUUUCAAUUCUACCAAAAGUAUUAUUAAUUCAGGCUUUUCUAAUAAUUCAAGAGAUAACUCCAGAAUAGUUUCUAGAGCCUCUAGUUCUAGAGAAACUUCUCCAGACUACACUAACAAAGAUGAUAGAACAAUUCCAUUAACAGAGGAAAAUGAGAGAAGUACUUUAAAUACAGGUUUACAAAACACACUAAUAUAUGGACAAAAUAGUCAGUGUAUUCAAAUAUACAUAAAUCUCAGAAAUUCAAUUUCUCUUAAUAAUUUAUGGUUUAAAGAAGAUGAAAUUAUUGAAUCCAAUUCAAUUGUUGGAAGUAAUGAAGAAGUUCUUUGGAUAGAUGAAGGCAAAUAUUCAUUAAUAUUGAAUCAAGUUUCUUUAAUUAACUUAAGAAAAAUAGAAAUGUUUAACUCAAAAAUAAUUACAAGUGAAUUAGAAUUUUGUCAGGUAAUGGAGAGAAUAUUUACAGCAAUUACAACUGAUCCAAUUAAAAACAGGAAAGUAAUUACAGAGUUAUUUUUAGCACUAACCUUUAAUGCUAAAAACCAGAUUGUUUUAUCAGGAAGAAAAUCUGUUGAUUUAUUUCUAUUCCGUAAAGUUUUUGAGUUUUUAGAUUUAAUUUUGGACUGCAAUUUUAAGAAAUUUUCUGAAUUAGUUCUUUGGGACAGUUAUUUUAUUCCAAUCUAUUAUACUGAGAUUAUUCAUACAUUGGGUAUAAAGGCAUACUUAGAAGUUUUGGAUCUAAUAAAAAGCUUCAUUAUCAAAUAUAUUAGAUCCCAGAAUAAAUUUCUAAGAUCAGAAUACUUAAAGAAUGAGAUUGAGGCUAAAUAUCAGGAAGAUGAUAAAAUUAUCAUUAUUUCUUCAAAUUCUGAUUUUAUUUCCAAAAAAGCUUCUAAUCAAUUUAAUACAAAUUUUCAUUAUUUUUUAUCAAAAGAUUUAAAUUUGACUCAGUUUUCCAUUUUUAUCAUUUUUAAAAAGUUGGUAAAGACAAGUCUUGAUAAUCAAUCUUACAAUGAAUUUAUUAAUUUAGUAGAACUUUCACUUGAAAUAUUAAAGAAUAUACAAAACUUAUAUCAAGAUUUGAAGCUAUUUCAUUUCUUAGAAUUAAAUGAUAUACUUGAAAUAUACCAGUAUUUUAUCAUAGGAAUUCAAAAAUGUUUGGAAAAGUCUCAGGAACGCAAUAAUAAUAGCAAUAAUAAUAAUAAUAAUAAUAAUAAUAAUAAUAAUAAUAAUAAAAAGAAGAAGCUAAUAAGUUUAUUAAAUUCAAAUUCACAUUCAAAUAAGGAGGAAUUAUAUAGGGACAAAGAGAAUGAGAUUUUGGCUAGAAUUUUAUUUUGUUUGUCAAGUAUACCAAAGGUUUCUUUUCUUUUUGAUGAUUGUGUAUUUACCAAAUUAAUGGAUACUUUAUAUAUUUUAUUUAAAAUCUUUGUUCAAAAAAAUGGAUGUAAAUUGAUUUGUAAGAUUUCUGAUUAUAUAUUGUAUAUAUUUUAUCUUAAAAUUAAAUACAUUAACACUCAAGAUUUGGAAGGAAUAGAGAAUCUAGAUUUGGAUAAUAUAUAUAAAUUACCACCUAUAAUAAAAAUUCAAAAAACUAAUGAUAAUAUAAGAUUAAAUAGAUUUAAUCAAAAUCAAUAUAAAUUGGUUUUAGAAUAUUUUAAUAAUUUUUCUCAACAAAUUACAAAGAGUCUAGUUUUAGAAAAGAAAUAUUUGGAUUUAUAUUAUUAUUAUUUAGUAAAUAUGUCAAAAUUAAUUAACUAUUGGCUGGGAAUUUGUCCAAGCGAAUUAAUAUUUCAUGAAGUAUUUAUAAUUCAGAAUAUAAUUUCUGAUAUUAUAAAUUUAAUUACUUUAAAUAAUAAAAAUAAUACACGGAGUGAUAGUAAUAUAUAUUUAACUCAAGAUUAUAGUAAAAAAAAAGAAGUUAAUUUUUUAGAAAAACUAGUUAAUGAGGAGAAUAAUGAGACAUUACUAUUAGAAGAAGAAUUGAAAAGAAAGAACAAUUUAGAAGAUGACUCUGGAACUGAAGAAUAUUAUGAAGAUUAUGAUUUUGAGAAUGAAGAUGAUGAUGAUGAUGAAGAUAAUUGUUUUGUUAAUGAUGAAGCUGAUUUAGAUAUAAUACGUUAUAUAAGUUACAAUUCAACUAGAAAUGAAAAGAGAACUUUUGAAGUAACAAACAAAAAUUCUCAUUUAGAUAAUACACAGUUAACAUUAAGUAGUCUGGAAGACCUUAGGAUGAAGGGAAAUACAAAAAGUAAUUUUUCAAUAUUUAAUAGGAAAAUUAAAGAAAUUAAUAAGGCUUUAACAAAUAAGAUAGAACAUAAAAAUCAAUUAAUUUCUGAUGAGAUAUUAGAGAAUUCAAAUUAUGAUGAUAUUAAGAAUAUUAAGCCAGAUAAAGAGUAUGUGGACUCAAAGAUUAUAAAGAUAAUACAUAACGUAUAUAAAAUAAUAGAUUUUUAUAUUUUUAGAACAAGUAUUAAACAUUACAGAUUUCUUUUUAGAGAUUGGUUAAUAUUAAGUAAUGAAAUUUUAUUAUGCCAAGCAAUGAAUAUAUUUUGCAAGGAUGAUGUAAAGAUUCAAUACAGAAUGAUAAUUAUAUAUAUAAAUUUUCUAUUUAAUAAUAAAAGUUUAUUUGGGUACAAAGAAUGGCAUCAAAUUUUUUAUUAUUAUUCAGGUUUUAUGGUAGAAUUUACUAAAUUUAUACAAAUUGAUCCCAAUAAGUAUAUAAUAGAAGAUGUUAGAAGUAGAUACUCAAUUGAUGAUUUAGGUGUUGCUUAUGGGGAUAGAAGUUUUGAAAAUCAGAUUAGUGAGAAGAAAUCAAAAGAUGAUGGAAUAGUUGAUUCACAUAAAAGUAGGCAACAGACCCAAUUUGAAAUAUUUUUCAGAUCAAAAUUUUUCAAUAAGAGGUACUUUGGUUUGAUAGAGAAUAAGAAGAAUCACAAAAAUGAUCAUAAUGGGAUAGAUUCCAAUAAGAAUGGGAAAUAUAAGAAUAAGGGAAGAAGAAUUUCAUUAAAACAAUGUUUAGAGAAGAAUUGGAAGUGUUAUUCUCAUAAGUAUAUUAAGAAUACUAAUGAUCAGGAAAUGUAUGAUUCUUUUAUGAGAUUAAGAUUAAAUAUAGAGAAAUUAAUAUUGGAAGAUUUAAAGUAUAGAUUAAAAUUUGAAGAAGAAAAGAAUAAUAUGAAUAGACCAGAUUGUAUUCAUGAUAUAUAUACAGUUUUAUUAGUAAUAUACAAUUUAAUAUUUGAUUGGUAUAUUAUGGAUUUGAGAUCAUCUGAAAAGGAACUUGAUAUGGGGAUUAAUAAGAUGAUAUAUGAUACAAUAAUGAAUUCACUAAAUAAAUUAUACUAUGAGUUGAUAAAUGGAUUAAACUUAGUGAAAUUUGAUCUUUUUCAAUAUAAUAUUUAUUUAAUUUUAUGGAUACAAUUACACAUUAGAAUGGAGUUUUCUUUGCAAUUUAAAGAUAAUUUACAAUAUUAUAAGAAUGAAUUACUUUCUCAAUGCGAAGAUAUUUUAGAGAAAUACGUAAGAAUUGAGAAAGAGAAGAAUGAAAUAAUGGAAAAAAGAGAAAAAGGCUUUAAUGUUGAUGAUUAUCAUGAAAAGAAAAGAUUAAAUAGUAUAAUUAGUCCAAAUAUACAUUUUAAUCAUUACUUUAAUUCAAGUUAUGACCGUAUUUUGAAAAAUAAGGUGGAUAUUACUUAUACAUAUAAAGUAGUUUUGAAUGGAUUGUUAAGAGAUCUUAAAGAAAUGAAAGAAUCUGAAUAUAUUAUGAAUAGUUCUCGUUUGUAUAAAGUAUUAUUGGAUAUAACUCUAUUGGAAGAUCAAAAUCUACGAAUACUAUCUAGAGAUAUUCUAAUUGGAUUUGCAAGGCAGGAAAAACCUUGUCUGAAAUCUUCGUCAUCAUCUUUGACAUUAUCUUUACCUUCAGAAGAACAAAUUUUACCAAUAAUGGAUGAAUCUUCAUCUUAG